AUGUUCGAUUUAUAUAGUGAAGCGGGGAAAGUUGUACAAAAAGCGUUAGACAAGGAGAAGAAUGUUCGAAAUGCAGUUUAUGCAAGUAAUUUUAAGAACAAGAAGCAAUUAUUGCGUCUAUGCUCUGAGACGUUGCGUUUUCGAAGAUGUUUGGAUAGGCUUUUGGAAGUCAAAGAAUUGCAUGACUUAUUAACAGAACUACAUUUUGAUCGUUACUUGCUCUAUGUAUUACUGUAUGAUCAUAUUUUUGGUCAAGGAUUGAGCAAAGCUAAGAAAGCAUAUUCUAAUGCUAUUUUGAAACGUGCAGCCUAUAUCGACCAACAAUUAGAAACAAUGAAAGAUAUAAUUGAAGAGACGAAAGAACAUGUUUCAAAAAUCGUCAAAAAUCCGAGAUAUGCAAGAGUGAACACCCUAAAAUGGUCUUUUGAUGAAGCAUUGCAGGCCUUGCAAGAUGAAGGGUGGAGUAUUUCGAGUUUAGAACCUCAAGAAGGUGACGACUGGUACAAAACUGCUGUUGGUUCGAUGUUGGAAGAUCAGAUUUAUAUUGAUUGUCAUGUUAAUGAAUUGCUUCUCUUUCCUGCAAAUACCGAUUUGCACAAACAUUGGAUGGUUACGGAUGGAUAUCUGUUAUUGCAAGACAAGGCGAGCUGUCUAUCAAGUCUGGUUUUGAAUCCAAAAGCAGGAACUUAUAUUUUUGAUAUCUGUGCAGCACCUGGCAUGAAAACUAUACAUCUUGCUGCACUAGUCCGAAAUGAAGGCAAGAUUUUAGCAAUUGACAAAGCAAGUUAUCGGGUUAAGACGUUACGCACAAUGAUCAAGAAAGCUGGGGCAGUCAACGUUGACGCAUGUUGCGAGGAUUUUCUUCGUAUUGAUGUAACAAAUAGUGAAUUUAAUGAGGUGCGGUAUGCAUUGUUGGAUCCUCCAUGUAGUGGAUCUGGGAUUGUGAAACGUAUGGACCAGCUGAUUGAUGAGGAAGAAAAAAUAAGCACCAACCGUUUGCGAUCUUUAUCAAAUUUGCAGGCUAUGCUUUUGAAACAUGCAAUGGGAUUACCAAAUUUGAAGAAAAUCGUCUACUCAACGUGCUCAAUUCAUGAGGAAGAAAACGAACAAGUCAUCGAAGAGAUCCUUAAUGACGAAUUUUUACGGACACGAUUCAAACUGACAAAGGCAAUGCCGAAGUGGCCACAUCGUGGAAGAGCAAGUUAUUCAUUUGGUGAUAAAUGCCUGCGAACAUUAUCAGAAAUUGACCUCACUAAUGGAUUUUUUAUUGCUGUUUUUAAGAGGCGGAACUGUAACAGUUCAUAG